UGGAGUGUGCUGGUCAAGGGCGGGAAGGGCGGUGUGCUCGGCGGUGGGGAGGGCGGCGGCGACGGAGGGGGAGGUGAAGGAGGAGGUGGCCACGGAGAAGGCGGCGGCGGCAGCGGCGGCGGCGCCGAUGGUGGUGGUGGUAACGGCGGUGGCGAUGAGGGAGGCGGUGGAGGAGCCUGUGGCUCUUCGGUGGGCACGGCUGGCGGGAAGGAAGGCGGUGGUGGAGAGGGCGGUGACGAGGGCGGCGGAGAGGGCGGCGGCGAAGGCGUGGGAGGGGGUGAGGGCGACAGCGACGGCGGCGGCGGCGAGGGCGGCGGAGGGGCCGGCGGCGGCGGUGCCGGAGGCGGCGGCGUGGGAGGCGGUGAGGGCGACAGCGAGGGCGGCGGCGGCGAGGGCGGCGGAGGGGCCGGCGGCGGCGGUGCCGGAGGCGGCGGCGUGGGAGGCGGUGAGGGCGACAGCGACGGCGGCGGCGGAGUAGGGGGCGGCGGCGACUGGGAGGCGGAGGGCGGCGGCGGCGUGGGCGGCGGAGGCGACGGCGGCGGCGACGGCGGCGGCGGUGGCGGCGACGGUGGAGGCGACGGCGGAGGAGACGGCGGCGGAGGAGACGGCGGAGGCGACGGCGGCGGCGACGGCGGCGGAGGCGACGGCGGCGGAGGGAAGGGUGGCGGCGACGAGGGAAGAACAGGGGAAACGCUGGGGGCGGAGGUCGGAGCUGACGAGGGCGACGAGGAGGGAGGAACGGAGUACGUCGGCGAGGCGGUGGGCGAGGCUGUCGACGAGGGCGUGGAGCUCGGCGCGGAGGAAGGGGCGGUGGUUGUGGUCGGCGCCGAUGUUGGUGAAGCAGAGGGCGAGGUGGAGGGCGGCGGCGGGGAGGGCGAGGCCGACGUGGGCGGCGGGGAGGGCGAGGCCGACGGGGGCGGCG